AUGGAGGGAGCAGGAGCUACUGGAGAGGAUACAGUUCAUAAACGUACAGGAAUCCGUCAAGGAGAGACAGCAGAUGAGAUCCCAGUUCUGGGUAGUUCUGUUUCUACUGGUUCUUCAAGUUCUUCCUUCUCAUCAUGUUUCACCAAAAUCCAAGAUGAAAAUAAUCGGCAAGGUCAAAGUGGAAUAUUCUUGAAUGCCUCUGAUCUGCUGCUAAAGUCCCUGGGAGGGAUUAAACAGCUGGAGAACACUGCAGGCCCAGUCUGUGCUGGACGGACCAAUACAUCAUUAGGAUCAAAAGGUUUAGAAACCUGGAGGAAUCUGACUAAAUGUAAAGCAGGGAUAGAGGAAACCUGUAUUUCAAAUGUUACCCAAGAAACCUUGGCAGAGCUUAUCAACUGUAAUACAACAUUGAAUAAAUUUGUGACUGAUUUGAUUAAUUGUAAUGGAGCCUGUGAUUGUUUUAAGUCUUUAAUCACAACUGCUGAUAUUGUUGGAGCAUGCAGCAAGAGUAAAGAUGUUGAGACUUCUCUGACUGAGAACUUGAACAAAUGCAAAUCUGUGUUCAGAGAUUGCAAAAAUUUGGGACGCAGUACACAGUACAUAAUUACAACAUGUAGUACAGCAACUGGCCAGCUAGAGAAAACAUUGACAAAUCUUUUUUUCUCAAUCAAUUUGAUCAAUACAACUGUGGAUGCCAUAGAGUUCAUUAUCAACAACUCUUUUACUAAUCAGUCAAGGACAGUCAGACAACUAGAGUCUAGAUCACUUGAUGCUUUCAACAAGAUGAAUGUGUUCUCAGCUAGAUGUAAAUCAAAAGGAGAGUCUAAUGUGGAUACUAUAUCAGAAGAUCAAGAAAUAUAUGCAUUAUCCAUUAGUAUAGUUCAGUAUACUAAGGUACGCCUUGUAUUCACUACAAUCCAGAUCAACCAAAUCCGUGGUUUUAUCAUCAUUAUCCGGGUUGUGGUAGUAAUCAUAAUACGGAGGAUAAUAGAGAUUAAUAACAUGUUUGAGGUGAAAACGGGAACAACUAAAUCUCCGGCGACCUUUGUAUUUGAUAAACCACUUCCAUCACUAGACCCUCAACUGACCUUACCUAUCAACACUUUCCCAGCAAAUUCUUCUUCCCGGCCAGAUGUCACAGAUGCUGCCACAGAUUCCAUUGCUGCUACAGUUUCCAAUACAAAGUCUUCCUCUGUUACCAAGUCUACUACUGCUACAAAUUUCAAUGCUGCUACAAAUUCCAAAGCUGGUACAGAGCCCAAUGUUGCUACCAGUUCUAUUGCUGCUUCCAAUUCCAAUACAAAGUCUUCCUCUGUUACCAAGUCUACUACUGCUACAAAUUUCAAUGCUGCUACAAAUUCCAAAGCUGGUACAGAGCCCAAUAUUGCUACCAGUGCUAUUGCUGCUUCCAAUUCCAAUGCUCCUACAGAUUCCAAUACAAAGUCUUCCUCUGUUACCAAGUCUACUACUGCUACAAAUUUCAAUGCUGCUACAAAUUCCAAAGCUGAAGAGUCCAGUGCCAGAACCACGUCUACUUCUUAUACUGUGUCAAAUGCUAGAACAGAAUCUACACCUGAUGCUGUGUCUACUGCCAUAACAGAGUCUACACCUAAUACUGUGUCUAAUGCUGUGACAGAAUCUACACCUGAUACUGUGUCUAAUGCUAUAACAGAGUCUACGCUUAAUACUGUGUCUAAUGCAAGGACAGAGACUAUACCUGAUACUGUGUCUAAUGCUAUAACAGAGUCUACACCUGAUACUGUGUCUAAUGCAAGGACAGAGACUACACCUGAUACUGUGACUAAUGCUAUAACAGUGACUAUACCUGAUACUGUGUCUCAUGCUAUAACAGAGUCUACACCUGAUACUGUGACUAAUGCUAUAACAAAGUCUACACCUGAUACUGUGUCUAAUACUAAAACAGAGUCUACACCUAAUAUUGUGUCUAAUGCUGGGACAGAGUCUACACCUGAUACUGUGUCUAAUGCAAGGACAGAGUCUACACCUGAUAAUGUGUCUCAUACUAAAACAGAGUCUACACCUGAUACUGUGACUAAUACUAGGACAGAGUCUACACCUGAUACUGUGUCUAAUGCUAUAACAGAGUCUACACCUGAUACUGUGUCUAAUGCAAGGACAGAGACUACAGCUGAUACUGUGACUAAUGCUAAAACAGAGACUAUACCUGAUACUGUGUCUCAUACUAUAUCAGAGUCUACACCUAAUACUGUGACUAAUGCUAUAACAGAGUCAACACCUGAUACUGUGUCUAAUGCUGGGACAGAGUCUACACCUAAUACUGUGUCUAAUGCAAGGUCAGAGACUAUACCUGAUACUGUGUCUAAUGCUAUAACCGAGUCAACGCCUGAUACUGUGUCUAUUGCUGGAACAGAGUCUACACCUGAUACUGUGUCUAAUGCAGGGACAGAGUCUACACCUGAUACUGUGGCUAAUGCUAUAACAGAGUCUACACCUGAUACUGUGUCUAAUACUAAAACAGAGUCUACACCUAAUAUUGUUUCUAAAGCUGGGACAGAGUCUACCCCUGAUACUGUGUCUAAUACUAUAACAGAGUCUACCCCUGAUACUGUGUCUAAUGCUGUAACAGAGUCUACACCUAAUACUGUGUCUAAUGCAAGGACAGAGUCUACACCUGAUACUGUGGCUAAUGCUAUAACAGAGUCUACACCUGAUACUGUGUCUAAUACUAAAACAGAGUCUACACCUAAUAUUGUGUCUAAUGCUGGGACAGAGUCUACACCUGAUACUGUGUCUAAUACUAGAUACUGUGAUGCUGUAACAGAGUCUACACCUGAUACUGUGUCUAAUACUAGAACAGAGUCUACACCUGAUACUGUGUCUAAUGCUGGGACAGAAUCUACACCUGAUACUUUGUCUAAUGCUAUAACAGAGUCUACGCUUAAUACUGUGUCUAAUGCAAGGACAGAGACUAUACCUGAUACUGUGUCUAAUACUAUAACAGAGUCUACACCUGAUUCUGUGACUAAUGCUAUAACAGAGUCUACACCUGAUACUGUGACUAAUACUAGAACAGAGUCUACACCUGAUACUGUGUCUAAUGCUAUAACAGAGUCUACACCUGAUACUGUGUCUAAUGCAAGGUCAGAGACUACACCUGAUACUGUGACUAAUGCUAUAACAGAGACUAUACUUGAUACUGUGUCUCAUGCUAUAACAGAGUCUACACCUGAUACUGUGUCUAAUGCAAGGACAGAGACUAUACCUGAUAAUGUGUCUCAUACUAAAACAGAGUCUACACCUGAUACUGUGACUAAUGCUAUAACAGAGACUAUAUCUGAUACUGUGUCUCAUACUCUAACAGAGUCUACACCUGAUACUGUGUCUAAUACUAAAACAGAGUCUACACCUAAUAUUGUGUCUAAUGCUGGGACAGAGUCUACACCUGAUACUGUGUCUAUAGCUGUAACAGAGUCUACACCUAAUACUGUGUCUAAUGCUGUAACAGAGUCUACCCCUAAUACUGUGUCUAAUGCAAGGACAGAGACUAUACCUGAUACUGUGUCUCAUACAAUAACAGAGUCUACACCUGAUACUGUGUCUCAUGCUGUAACAGAGUCUACACCUGAUACUGUGUCUAAUACUAGAACAGAUUCUACACCUGAUACUCUGUCUAAUACUGGGACAGAGUCUACACCUAAUACUGUGUCUAAUGCAAGGACAGAAACUAUACCUGAUACUGUGUCUCAUACUAUAAUAGAGUCUACACCUGAUACUGUGUCUCAUGCUGUAACAGAGUCUACACCUGAUACUGUGUUUAAUACUAGAACAGAGUCAACAUCUGAUACUGUGUCUAAUACUGGGACAGAGUCAACACCUAAUACUGUGUCUAAUGCAAGGACAGAGACUACCCCUGAUACUGUGUCUCAUACUAUAGCAGAGUCUACACCUGAUACUGUGACUAAUGCUAUAACAGAGUCUACACCUAAUACUGUGUCUAAUGCUAUAACUGAGUCUACACCUGAUACUGUGUCUAAUGCAAGGACAGAGACUAUACCUGAUACUGUGUCUCAUACUAAAACAGAGUCUACACCUGAUACUGUGACUAAUGCUAUAACAGAGUCUACACCUGAUACUGUGUCUAAUACUAAAACAGAGUCUACACCUAACAGUGUGUCUAAUGCUGGGACAGAGUCUACACAUGAUACUGUGUCUAAUACUAGAACAGAGUCUACACCUGAUACUGUGUCUAAUACUGGGACAGAGUCUACCCCUGAUACUGUGUCUAAUGCAAGGACAGAGUCUACUGCUGAUACUAAGACUAAUGCUAGAACUGAGUCUACACCUGACACUGUGUCUAAUGCUAGAACAGAGUCUACACCUGAUACUGUGUCUAAUGCAAGGACAGAGUCCAAUACUGAUAAUAUGACUAAUGCCAGAACCCAGUCUUCUGCUAUUACUGUGGCUGAAACAGAGUCUAAUACUGCCUCUACUCCCACUGAAGAUUUUAACACUGGAACAGUAUUUGAUACGGAAAAAACAUCUUCUGUUACAGUGUCCAAAGAUGUUCCUGGUGAUUUAACAGAACCUUCUGUAACUGAAAAAUCGACUGUUGCUGCAGAAUCAACUGUGCCAACAAAAUCUUCCACAUCAGGAAACACUGAAGUGUCAAAGUUUGAGCAAACAACUUCACUUACUGGCAAUACAAUUGAUCUUAUAAAAGAUUCAUCUGAAGAGUUACUUAUUGAGGUUCUAACAGGACUGCUAUCAAAUAUGAAUGCUAUUAAUACUUUGAUAAGUGCAAUAGAGCUUUCAAUCUCAUCUCAGUCUAUAGAUAAAUUUGAGGAGCCUGCAUCUGUUGUCGAACUACUAAAUGGACUUUUAGCUACUAUUGACCUUCAAGUUUCUGAAUUCUAUUAUGAAUUAGUAAUACAGAAGCUCUCUUUAUCAUUGGUAAAGCUGUUAAUCAACAUGAAAAUGCCGUCAACAGUGGAAAUUAAAACCUUACUCCAGAUCAAAGUUCUCUUAAAAUCAGUUGUUCUAAAUAUCCUAUUUCAGAUAUCAGAUAUUCAGAACAAAAUUUACUUGUUAACUGGAAACCAAGUCAAUGUAGAAUCUUUAGAGUACUAUAUAAUUUCAAUUGAUGGGAGUAUAGCUCUCAAAAUACCAAAACCUGAUUUGAACCUGGAGCUACUUUCACCAUUUAACUUGGAGCUCUUCUUAACUGACAGAAUAUCAUUCCUNUCAUCAACAGUAUUAGAUGUAGAAGAAGUGGGAACUGUUGCGCAAGAUAUAGUCAAAUGCAGUAAUGGCUUGCAAGAAGUAUUAACAAAAGGACAAAGAAAGGUAUUGGAAUCCAUUGUGGGCAUAUUAUAUUCAUUCAGUGUUACAUUUACACAGGAAAUUACUAGAAUACAACAGCGUUUAUCAUUAAUUACUGGUAAAACAGUUACAGCAAAUGACUUAGGAAUUGAUUUUAUCAAUAAAGAGGGAGAGUUUGAACCAGCUGCUCAAGUUGAUUACACCAAUGGAUCCACAAUAGAACUUAAUUCACUAGAAUUCCGAAUAUAUCAAUGGAAAGAAUUUAGAUUUGCAUUUACUAGUAUGGAUUUGGUGUUAUCAUCUCUUCAAAGUAUUCUUUCAAUAGAAGAAUAUGAAGAAGAUUCUGAAGCAGGAAGUCCUUUGACUCUCCUCAAUUAUCUUAUCCAAUAUUCAUCACUUUUAAGCCAAGGAGAACUGUUUCAAAUUACAAUUAAGCCCAUUGUAGAUCAGAUUAUAGUUCUAAGACAGAACAUUAAAAUACCGGUGUCUGGUAAAAUUCGAUUAAUUUUUGAAUCCAUAGUUUUUGGAAUAAAGAAAUAUCAGAUGGCUUGUGGCUUUGAGUUUGGUUUGAUUCAACAAACAUUAGCUGCACAGUUUGACAUUACAGUUUCUUCUUUCCAAAUAACAUUUACACAAUAUAACACACUUGGAGAAAUUACAGAUGUUUCAUUUGGAGAUAUUCGUGUUCCCAGUGUCUUGGAAAUACAACAAAAAGCAGAAAGAAUAAGUAGAUCUUUAAAGAAGCUACAGUCAGUGAUGAUUUGCAUAGAUGCUGCUUUUGAAUUCAAUUUUGAAAAUAUUGAAACUGCUAACAUUCCGGUACUUCCAACAGUUUUUCUGGAUACUCUGUUGUCUCUGAUCAAUUCCCUCAGUCUGGAUGUAACGAACUUGGAUGAUCGUAUAUUUGACAGUUUUAUUACUUUCAGUUUAAAUGAGGUUUUGAGCAUUAAUCAGGUGGAGAUGUUAACUAGUUUUAAAACAACCUUGGAUCUGAUAAUAUUUCAGUUAUCAAUCGAAAGGUUUCAAUACUUACAACAAUUGAUGAAAGAAUCAGAUAUUGAGCAUUUGAAAGACAGAGUCACUGCAUUGAUUGCAUUACAGAGAUCAUUAGAGAAUUCUAUUUUGUGGUUGUCAACAGCUUGUUCAUCCAAUAUUUCAUUAGAUAUCUGGAAGGAAGCAAUCACGAAAUUUUACCAAUUGAUUUCCAAUUAUGAGGAAGUUAUUGAAAUGAAUCCUGUUGCAGCUGUUGAAAGUAAUAGAUCUGAAGUGAAAGGAUGUACUAAGUUAAUUAAAUUUCAGUUGUCUGUCUUGUUUAAUGUCCUUGAGAACAGCAUAGUAACAUUAAAGGAUGUUUUAACAUUUGUCUUUGGGUAUACAACUGGAGAAAAGCCAACCAUUAUUGAAUUAACAACAACAAUAUCAACACCAACCAAUCAACAAACAAUAGGAGAAAAGCCAACUCUUAUUAAAAUAAUAGGAGAAAAACCAACUCUUAUUGAAAAAACAACAACAAUGGAACCAUCAACAUCAACCAAUCAAGAAACAAAAGGAGAAAAACCAACUCUUAUUGAAAAAACAAAAACAACAAUAGAACCAUCAACAUCAACCAAUCAAGAAACAAAAGGAGAAAAGCCCACUUGUAUUGAAAGAACAACAACUACUGAACAAGUAAAUGGGGAAAAGCCAAUAUUUAUUGAAAAAACAACAACACCAAUAGAGCCAUCAACAACAACAGGAGAAAAACCAGUUUUUUAUUGAAAGUACAACAACCACUCAACAAAUAAAUGGAGUUAAGCCAGUUUUUAUUGAAAGAACAGCAGAAACAACAACUGUUGAACCAACAAUGUUACCUUAAAAGAAAUUCCUGGAAUAUCAGUAGCAGAAGAAAACUGGCGACUUAUUACCAAAGAAAAGAUCAAUUCUUCAAACAUAUUUUAUGAUUGCACUUUAUUCCAAAAAUCCUCACAAGUCUGAAGUGGACAAAACAUAAUAUGAUUUGUUGCAGAUUAGUAAUUAAUUUGGGGAUUUAAUAAUCAUUAUCUUAUUAAAUUUCAGCAAAUAUUUCACUUUGUAUUUGGUUAGUUGAACCAAUAAAAUCUUUAAAUAUUUAUAUUUCCGAAAUUUUUUUCAAAUUGUUAGGAUUAUUUCAUUUUAU